GAAAGCUUUGAAGAUUCAAAGUUCAUGAGCUUGCGUUACAAUUGCGGCGGUUACAAAGUGAAGUUGUGGGGUGACUCUAUAUGGAGUUGGGACCUUUGGGGGGAAACUCUGCCGAAAUUUCGUGGACGCCGACACUUGUGAAAAUAUCGAGGGAGCUGAGUGUGGACAGCAAAGGGGAGCUGAAAUUCGUCAUUUCUCAAGGAGAAGAUGAAUGAGAGGGGAGGAGAUGCUAAUGGAAGAGGAGCUGUACCUGAGAAGACAAAUGUUCGAGCACAUCAAGGAUCUUGUGAAAGCAGAUGAUUCGGGUCCAAGGGCGUGGAAACUACUACGCGAUGUGAUUCAGCCCAACACUCUCCCGAUGGUGAUCGUGCUCGAGAAGGAACUUGCUGCCAUCUCCAUGCGACCAGGGGACGAUGUGAAGCCGGUCCUUGACAAGAUCAAGGACACCUAUGCAAGGAUGGCAGCAGCGGGCAGCAGUGUAUCUCAGCUGCAGCAGUGCACCAAGAUCAUCUCGGUGCACAAGGUGAAGGUGCACAAGGUAAUACCUAUCCUGGGAUGUUUCUCAUGGUUGAGGAUGUGCAUGGGCAUGAGGGUGAUGUGGGAUCUGUGGGAAAGGUUGUGAUGCACCCUCUCACGCACUGGGUGAUUGAUUCAGGUUGCACCAGUCACA